AUGGUUCUGCUUUUCCUUCUGCCCGAAAAAGAAGGAAGUCGAUAUUGCAGCUACCAGAAGAGUGGAUCCAUUGUUGGGGCAACAAAGACUGCAUUCCUUAGUGGAAAGAAACUGAGAUCAGUGAAGAAAUACACAUCACCCGUUGCGAGAUCAUCGGUUGCUGUAUGUGCAGCAGCGGACCUUGAUAGGCCUCUCUGGUUCCCGGGCAGCACUCCACCUCCAUGGCUUGAUGGCAGUCUUCCAGGGGACUUUGGUUUUGAUCCUCUUGGACUUGGAUCUGAUCCUGACAGCAUAAGAUGGAACGUUCAAGCAGAACUUGUGCACUGCAGAUGGGCAAUGUUGGGUGCUGCUGGGAUUUUCAUUCUAGAAUUCCUAACAAAGAUUGGCAUCCUAAACGCACCUUCAUGGUACACAGCUGGAGAAGAAGAGUACUUCACUGACACCACCACUCUCUUCACUGUUGAGCUGAUCUUCAUUGGGUGGGCAGAGGGAAGAAGGUGGGCUGACAUUAUCAAACCAGGGUGCGUCAACACUGACCCAAUCUUCCCCAGUAACAAACUUACUGGGACUGAUGUUGGGUACCCAGGGGGGUUAUGGUUUGACCCACUUGGAUGGGGAAGUGGAUCUCCUGAGAAACUGAAGGAGUUGAGGACAAAGGAGAUCAAGAAUGGGAGAUUGGCCAUGUUGGCUGUGAUGGGUGCUUGGUUCCAACACAUCUACACUGGCACUGGACCUAUUGACAACCUCUUUGCUCACCUUGCUGAUCCAGGUCACGCCACCGUUUUUGCAGCUUUCACUCCCAAGUAAGAAGAGAAGGCAAUAAGAGUAGGGUGGGCAUUGAUGAAGAAAUUUACCAAGAGAGGAGCUUGGAAGAUGCGUGUCCUCAGAAAGGGCCUUUGUAUCGAUAGAACUUCCAAUGCCCCUGUUUGUGUCUGUUAUGGAAUGUUCAUGCAAUGUACAUAUACCUCUUAUUUAACUUUAGAUGCUAAGUAAGCAUGCACAAUAUGAUUAGUAGAAACAAUUGUUCUCAAAAGCAUUUGCAUAUCGAAUUUUCAGAAACACCCAGAAAAAGUGAAAUCAGUAACAAUAAUAGAAAACCAGCAAUUUUCAAUAUUCAGGAAAACAGAACUUAUCGAUAUUACAAAACUUAUUUAGAACAAGUUUAGACCAAAAUUAGAACAAGUUAAAUCCUAAAUUGUAAGAGUGAGAAGAGUGCUUCCCUGUAACAUGAGCAUCGUGAAUUCAAUCAGCGAGCCACUGGUAGCAGUUCAAGGAUAAAGAGACAUACAUGAUAAAUUUAGUUCAUGUAGAGCAAACUACAGCGAGAACUGAGAAAGGGCAACACCAAUUUGCAAAUAAUUUGGCCAUCAGAAGUUCAUAAACAAUAAUCAAUGACAAAAACACACCAUGGCAACCAAGAUUACAGUAGUCCAACAAAAUGUAUGUUUGCUAUACAGCUGUCAGAGUCUAUCAACUUGUUUUCAGCUAGCAUCAGACAUGCAUUAUCAACUUUAAACUAUAAACAGAUUAGAAUUUACUCCGUUUAUUUUUGAACCAAGAGUACAGUGAAAUUAUUUCUCAAUGACUUCACAGGUAAGAAGUUGAAAUCCCUGAAUUUAGAAAGGCUAGGUCACCUUCGCGUAUUGGCUAUGAAUUCAUUCUCCAUCAACAUCUUCCAACUCAAAACAGAACUAGGCUGGCUGCAUACGGCUCUAGUUACCAACAUUUUAGAACCAUAUGCAGAAGCUCAAGUACACAUGGCCUGUUUUAACUAAUAGGUUUGGCCUUGGUUGAGAAAACAUAUCAAUAGAUCCAGAGGUUAUAAACAAUGAUAUUGUUGAUUUGUUGUCAUAGGCUUAAAAGUAAAUACUCAACAAGGUUACUCUGGUGCUUGAGUCUUCAUGGCUUAUUAUACAGCAAAGCAGAAGAGAGAACCUAAACAAGUUGAAUCCUAACUAUUGGGUUAGCAAAAGCUUUUAACAUUUACGCCCUCAAAUUUGUGAUGCAAGUUCUCAAAUUGUGUCAAGAAAUUCUUCUUCGAACAAUAGUAUCCGGAAGUCUAAACACUACUGCAGAUUACGGUUAUUUUACCUAACAAUUCAUCGGAAAGAUUUGCUUAACAGUAAAUAAAGAACCUACUAGAUUAGUUCUUUCUCUGGCAUUCAAUAUACAACUCAAAUGAUAAUUCAUCACAACAACAAAAAAAAAAAUCACAAACGCAAUUCAAAGUACCAUUAGCUAAGGAAAACAAUUGAAUUUGAUCCAGUACAAUACAGAAUACAGAACAUGAAGAAUGAGGUAUAUCAUAACCAUAAACUCAAGAAAAUUUUAUAAGAAUUCUCAAUGAGUAUCAAAUAGUUACAUAGAAAUUUUAGAUUACAAUCCUGUAAUCUUCCAUCUCCCUCACUUUCUAAUUACAGUACAUAUUUGAAUUUUCUAAAAA